AUGCUAGAGCACAAAUACGGAGGGCACCUGGUCUCUCGCAGGGCAGCCUGCACCAUCCAGACUGCCUUCCGCCAGUACCAACUCAGCAAAAACUUUGAGAAGAUCCGGAACUCCCUGCUGGAGAGCCGCAUGCCCCGCCGAAUCUCAUUAAGAAAAGUCCGGGUCCAGAACUCUGAAAGCUUCUCUGCUGAUAAAGCCCUGAUGGAAGGGUACAACUUUGUGGGCAUCCCCUUGGUGAGGUCCCCAUCUUUGCCAGUCACCAUCAGCGGGGCCCUGACUGAAUUGGAGGACUCUUUCACGGAACAGGUUCAGUCCCUGGCCAAGUCUAUUGAUGAUGCCCUCAGUACAUGGAGCCUGAAGACCAUGUGUUCCCUUCAAGAUGGCAGCUCAUACCAGAUCAGAGAAACCUUCAGUGCCAGCUCAAUGCAGCCGAACCAGGACUUGGAAGCUGAACUGAGGGAGCAAGAGAAGGAGGAGGGACUGCUGCCAGAUACUUUGCCCAAGAGCAGCAGCACCCUCAUGAUGGCCUUCCGGGAUGUCACGGUCCAGAUUGACAACAAGAAUAUCUCAGUCUCAUCUUCUACCUCGGUGUCCAUGGCGAACUGUCUUGGCAGCAGUGCCCAGGCUGGGCUCUCUCAAGCUGCCAGAAUUGAAGAAAGCCCAGGGGAUGGGGAAAAGGAAGACAAAAAGGCCCAGGCUGCCCUGGAAGGGCUGCCGGACUCCAGGGUCCUCCAGAACAGUCACACCUUCACUGAGUUUGACUCAAACAAUGAGACUGGGCAGGGCAAGGGCUCUGAGUCUGAAAAUGCAGACAACUCAGAGCAGCUGAGCAGCAGCAGCACCUCCACGUCAGCCAAGUCGGCAUCUGAGGUAUCUUCUAAGGAAGCGCUGCAGGCCAUGAUUCUGAGCCUCCCACGGUACCACUGUGAGAAUCCAGCCAGCUGCAAAUCUCCCACGCUUUCCACAGACACCAUGAGGAAGCGGCUCUACCGCAUUGGGCUGAACCUCUUUAACAUAAAUCCAGACAAAGGGAUCCAGUUCCUGAUCUCUCGGGGCUUCAUCCCGGACACGCCCAUUGGGGUGGCACAUUUCCUGCUCCAGCGCAAGGGCCUCAGCCGCCAGAUGAUCGGGGAGUUCCUGGGCAACAGCAAGAAACAGUUCAACAGGGACGUCCUGGACUGUGUGGUGGACGAGAUGGACUUCUCGGGCAUGGAGCUGGAUGAAGCUUUGCGGAAAUUCCAGGCCCACAUCCGUGUGCAGGGAGAGGCUCAGAAGGUGGAACGGCUAAUUGAGGCCUUCAGCCAGCGGUACUGUAUGUGUAACCCGGACGUGGUCCAGCAGUUCCAUAAUCCGGACACCAUUUUCAUCCUGGCCUUCGCGAUCAUCCUCCUCAACACGGACAUGUACAGCCCCAACAUCAAACCCGACAGGAAGAUGAUGCUGGAGGACUUCAUCCGGAACCUGAGAGGGGUGGACGACGGCGCUGACAUUCCCCGGGAGCUGGUAGUGGGGAUCUAUGAGAGGAUCCAACAGAAAGAGCUCAAAUCCAAUGAGGAUCAUGUAACCUAUGUCACCAAGGUGGAGAAAUCCAUUGUAGGGAUGAAAACAGUUCUGUCUGUGCCACAUCGCCGGCUGGUCUGCUGCAGCCGCCUUUACGAGGUGACGGAUGUGAAUAAAAUGCAGAAGCAGGCUGCUCAUCAGAGGGAAGUGUUCCUCUUCAAUGACCUGCUGGUGAUCCUCAAGCUUUGCCCCAAGAAGAAAAGCUCCUCAACCUACACAUUUUGCAAGUCAGUUGGCCUGUUGGGGAUGCAGUUCCAUCUUUUUGAGAAUGAAUAUUACCCCCAUGGCAUCACCCUGGUGACUCCAGUUUCGGGCUCAGACAAGAAACAGGUACUACACUUCUGUGCUCUGGGUUCAGAGGAAAUGCAGAAAUUUGUGGAAGAUCUAAAAGAGUCAAUAGCAGAGGUGAUGGAGCUAGAACAGAUACGAAUUGAAUGGGAGCUGGAGAAGCAGCAGGGGGCAAAGACUCUUACGUUAAAGACCAACGGGGCUCAGAUGGAACCACAGUCCAAGCAAGCAUCUCCGACAGGCAAGAAGGAGUUGGGGGAGAAGGUCUCAGAUAGCACAGUGGAGGUUUUAAUCAAUGCCUCCCCAGCCAGACUGACAAUUUUACCAAUUUCCAGAGAUACAAUUAAAAGUUACUGCUAG